AUGGCUACCUAUUUUAUGUUCCGUUUUGUUUUAUUAUCCUCUUAUUUUCUGCUUCUUCUCUCUGCUGCAUCUUAUUCAGAAUACGAUAAAGAAUGUGUAAUAGGAAGAAACACUUGGUGUGGAUAUCUUGGGGAAUUCCCCCUUCUCUCCUCCUUCACUACCGUUAAUAAAAGCGAAUGUGGGUUUUACAUAAGUGGUUGUGACAAUAACACUUCGGAGAAAAAAAUCCUUCUCAAAAACCAAAUGUAUAUAGUUGUUAGCAUGAAUCAUAUGCACAAUUCAAUUAUCAUCUAUGACCCAAGUUCUUCUGAAUUAGAUUUAGAAUCAUUAUUCCGUUUUGCCUAUUUUCCCAUUUCCAUUUUUACCAGGUCCAGUGGCUGUUCUAUUGCAGGAGGCUUAUGUCUAUCAGAUCAGGAAAUUUUAACUAUCAAUUGUGUCUCUGAAAACGAACAGCAUUUUAAAACUUUGAGCGAAGAUUAUUCCCGUCUUGAAAGAAAGGAACGGCAUUUGAAAGCUGCAGUAAGAGGUUUAUCUAUUGGACUGGCAACUGUGAUAGCAAUUGCCUUGUUUGUUAUAAUUUUACUUUUGUACUAUCGGAGAAUCAAAUCUUCAGGCCUCAAAAACCAAUCAAGAGCUAAUUAUCGCGGUCUUUCAAGAAAUACAACAAUCCCAGAAAGUGGAGCUGUCUACUUGGGGAUUCCUGUCUUCUCCUAUGAGGAGCUCCAAAAGGCAACAGACAAUUUUAAUCAAGCUAGAGAACUUGGAGAAGGAGGCUUUGGGACUGUUUACUACGGAAAGCUUGGAGAUGGACGUGAAGUUGCAGUGAAGCGCCUAUUCGAGCGUAGCUACAGACCAGUAGAAUCAUUCACAAACGAAAUUCAGAUCCUCACACGCAUGCGCCACAGAAAUCUUGUAUCCCUUUAUGGCUGCACUUCACGCCACAGUCGUGAGUUGCUGUUAGUGUAUGAAUAUAUCCCGAACGGCACCGUCAAUAGCCAUCUCCACAACAAAAAAGAAAACCAAAGCUCAUCUUUACCCUGGGCUGUGAGAAUGAAAAUAGCCAUAGAAACUGCUGGUGCAUUAACUUAUCUCCAUGCUUCUGAUGUCAUUCACCGAGACGUGAAAACCAGCAACAUUCUCCUUGACAACAGUUUUUGUGUUAAGGUUGCUGAUUUUGGUCUUUCGAGACUGUACCCUAAUGAUGUCACUCACGUCUCCACAGCGCCUAGAGGAACACCGGGCUAUGUUGAUCCAGAAUACCGGUUAUGUUACCAGCUAACAAUUGAUUUCUCAAGGGAUAGAGAUGACAUUAAGUUGGCAAAUCUAGCAAUAAGGAAGAUUCAGAGAAGGGAAUUUUCUGAGUUGAUUGAUCCUUCUCUUGGUUUUCAGACAGAUGAGAAUUUAAAAAAUGUGAUAAGUUGUGUUGCAGAAUUGGCCUUCCGGUGUUUGCAAGAUGAGAAGGAAUUGAGGCCCUCUAUGAGUGAAGUAUUUGAGGUACUGCAGAAAAUUGAAAGUGGCAAAGGUGACGCGGAGAAUUAUGAGGGGAUUGAUUUUCAUCAUGGAAUAGGAGUAGCACAAAGUUUUGCACAUCCAUCACUUACAAACACUUGGAUGAAGCCACAGCGCCAUCAACAAACACUUUGA